UUGAAAUGGUUUUAUGUUAGCAAUCGCUCACCUCACUGUUUUAACUUUUCAUCUCGGCGACCACGUGACUUGCUGUUUGUCUGGCAAUGGAAAAUUCUCCCCCCACCGAGGGCUCCGUCUGGUUUCUAUAGCUAGAAAACUCAUUGAAUGGAUCUGUUAUCGGUCAAGUGGGAACGAUGUGUGAUAACCCCGCGGCUUGAUAGGCCGCGAUGUCGAGCCUGGAUUGCAUGAAGUGGUCUGAUCGUGAGAUUUCAGCUUGGAGUCAGUCAAACAUUUCUCAGUUCGGCGGCAAGAUGUGGUCCUCUACGACUAUUUUGGUUUUCUUAGCACCAUUUACUUUGGUCCAGGGUAGCAUGCGGUUCCACUUCACCCUGGAUUUCCACGUAAUGCAGCCCCCAAAUGUGAGCGCGACCAUUGACAAGACCAUUGUUGUGGAGAACAAUCGGAUAUCUAUGGUGGACAACGAAGGCGCUACUACCAAGGCUCCAAUGACCCAGUGGACGGAUCAGGAUCAGUAUAACCAGGAUACUUUGCAGAAGGUGAUCGAUACGCGCCGAUCGGUGCAACAGCUGAAUACGGAGCUAUCACCUUUGGUUGGCAGGAGCGCCGAUCUGGCCAGGAGAAUUAAGCAGAGUAUGCGAUACGUCAACGAGGUGGAUGCUGCACUGCAAGAUUUGAGCAACUUUGGGCAGUUGGUGGAGCUGCUCAAGAAAUUCGUUGCCCUGGUAGACAACCUAAGGGAUCCAAUCAAUCUCGGAGGCAUCCGCAGCCUGGAGUACGUACUCCUUAAGCUAGCUCUGGAGAAGUACGACCUUCCCAACAAGCGACAGGAGAUCGGUGAAUACUUGGAAAGGGCGGAGAGCGCCUGGCGAAGAUACCAAAACACGCAGGUGGUUCUUCUGGAUAACUCCACCUGAGUCGGGCUCAGUUGCAUAGGGCUCUUGGUCCUGCCGACCAUAUUAGGAACAUAGUUUUAGGAUAACAUAGGACAAAGACCAGCAUCAUUGGUCGAGACAAUCGCUGCACCACGAUCUACUAGAGCGGCUCGGCCCUUGAAAGGAAUAAAAGGCAUCGAAGGGACUUCCUGUCUAUUAUUCGACUUCACUGCAAUGCCCAGAAUUGCUACAGGUAUGCGAGGGGACCACCAAUUCGAGGGGUAGAAGACCCUCAAUCCCCUAAAUGCCCGUUUCGUUAAGGCUGGAAAGUACGUUACACACGCUGGGAAUGCCUUUGUACACUGCGAUAAAUUUAGAUAUAGAUAGACAUACAUAUAUAGAAACGUAGGAGAUCUUUAUAAAUAAGUACUUUACAGGAAUGACAAAUUCUUUUAGAUUUUUAUUUGAUUUAUUACAGAGAAACUGCACUUGCAAUCAUUUUUGUGUAUUGAUUGUUGGCUAAAACAAUUCUAGCGAGAUAAGUAGAGUACUUAUCAGUACAACAAAUACUUAAUAAAGAAAAUACAAAAAAGUU